GCUCGUACAUAUAUUGCAUGCAAUAUUCUAUGCCUGAAUAUUGCAUUGCUGAAAAUAUUUAUUUUGUUUGUACAUAAAAAGAAAUUUCUUCAUUUAGUCGAAUACAUGGACAAACAUUUCUGGCACUUUAAUUACGCGCCGAACGAGCAGGCGAUUUUUAUUAGUUGGAAACGCAUCUCCACUUACUUCAUCUGUGUCUUUACCUUCUUUACUGAAGCCUCGAUUAUGGGCUACGUAAUUAGACCGAUUGUGGCGAAUAUUGGGCAAAAUGAGUCGGACAGGAUACUUCCAUUCACUAUGUGGAUAAAUUUGCCAUGGUCUACGACGCCAUAUUUCGAGAUAACGUUCGUGUUACAGGUUUUAUCAGUAUACCACGUGGGAUUUUGUUACAUUUGCUGCGACAAUUUCCUGUGCAUUAUGAAUCUACACGUAGCCGCUCAGUUUCGAAUAUUACAAAGCAGAUUGAGAAACAUAAACAAAUCACGCGACGAUGAUAAAUACCAAAAAUUGAAUAUUUUAUCGAUAAAUUCACCUGAGAAACCUUACGACACAUUUAAAAAUUAUAUCCAACAACAUCAAGCACUUAUUUCGUACUGUCGCGUGCUUGAAGAAAUUUUCAAGCCGAUUGUACUUGCUCAGGUGCUGACUUUUAGCUUGUUGAUUUGCUUCGUGGGAUAUCAGGCAAUAUUGGCAGACAUAGCCUUUACGAGACGCGUUAUAUUCAUGAACCUCUUGACAUCAAACAUGUGUCACCUGUUAAUGUUCACGUACAGUUGCGAUUGUUUAAUACGAGAAAGCACAGCGGUGUCUGGUGCAGUGUACGCAGGACCGUGGAUAGAAAUGCCAAUGGAUAAGAACGGGAAAAAUUUUCGAAAGGAUUUGCAGAUCAUCUUGAUGAGAUCGAGACGUCCUUGUUGCCUAACUGCGAACAAAUUCUUCGCGGUUUCAUUGGAAACGUACACCAGCGUACUGAGCACUGCAAUGUCAUACUUCACCCUAUUAAGACAGAACUCUAUCAACGUAGAGAAUACGUAAUAUUUUUUAAUCUAACGCCGUGAUAUAUUAUAUGCACAACUUC